AUGCAGUCUGGAAUCUCAGCCUCCCAAGAACUCCACACGGCGUUCCAGACGCUCGUGUCCUCCGAAGACCAGCGAGGCCUCAUCUGCACCAUCACCAAGGAAUCCCUCACGCCCCUCACCGUCCUCUCUCCCGCCAGCUCCUCCUUCGCCGAAGACCUCUCCCUCCUCACUCCCCAUCUCCAGCCCAAUGUCGCCCUCUACAUCAUCCUACGGCGCUACAGCUCCUCGGAACCCGCGCCUUUCGUCGCCGUAACCUACGUCCCCGACUCAGCGCACGUCCGCCAGAAGAUGCUAUUCGCCUCCACCCGACUGACGCUCGUAAGGGAAUUGGGUAUCGAACGGUUCCGGGAGACGAUCUUCGCGACUACGAAGGAGGAGUUGACGGCUCAGGGUUUUGAGAAGCAUGAUAAACAUGUCAAGCUUGCGGCGCCGUUGACAGAGGAGGAGCAGAGCUUGGGGGAGGUGAAGAGGAAGGAGGCGGAGGAGGGCAGGGGUAUGGCGGAGAGGAAAAGCCAUGUUAGCUCAGGCGUGAGCAUGCCGAUUAGUGAGGAGGCGGUGGAGGCCUUGAAAGGACUGGCUGGGGAGGCGGGGGAUAAUUUGGUGCAGUUGAAAAUCAACAUCUCGACCGAGACGAUGGAACUCGCUGCCAGCACCUCAACUCCCGCCUCAGCCCUCUCAUCAACAAUCUCUGCUACCGAGCCUCGUUAUUCCUUUUACCGCUACACCCACACGCACAACGGCACUUCUUCCUCUCCGAUCCUAUUCAUCUACACAUGUCCCUCUGGCUCGAAAGUCAAAGAACGCAUGCUCUACGCUGCAUCCUCGCGAUCCGCAGUUGCGGUCGCGGAAACCGAAGCUGGUCUAAAAGUUGAGAAGAGGCUCGAGGCUGGCUCUCCGGAGGACAUAUCGGAAGAGAGUAUUGAUGGUGACUUGCACCCCAAGGUGGAAGUCAAGAAGGCCUUCGAGCGGCCCAAGAGACCGGGUAGGAAGUAA